AUAGGAAAAGAAAAAAAAAAAUUUUUUUUUUUAAAUUAGAGCUUUCCCUUUCUUUCUUUCUUUCUUUCUUUUCAAGGACACUUCAAGAUCGAAUAAACACCGAAAGAGUAAAGAGAGGAAACUGGGAAGUGAACAACUGAGAGGAUAUUUGUGGUUGUCACCUGAGUUUCUGUUUGUUUUGAUUAGUGUGAGAGAAUCAUUCCCUCCAGUAAUUGCAGCUUAUGAGUAGCUACCUAUAGCUUUUAAUUUUUUCUUGGGAUUUUCAAGACUUUCAAUUAAUUAUAUAUUUAUCAUUAUCAUGGAGUCUUCAAAUCUCCAUCACCAACAACAUCAUCAGCUUGUUGGAUCUUCUUCUCCUUUGGCUACCCCGUCCUGUUAUGGAGUUGCCCCAUCUAUAUCUGUGAAUGGAAGCGAGUACGACCAAAACUACAAUGGUGUUAUCUUAAAUUCAAGGCAGAAAAAUGACUUGAUACAAGAUCACUGGACUGGUAAUAACAACCAUGACAGUAGCUUCAAGUACAGUCAUCGAUCUGUCCGUGACCUUAAUCUUGCAAAGAUUAAGGAAGACCAGUCAUCGGAAUAUUCUUUCCGGGGAUUCACUGAAAUGCUAAACAGUCCUAGCUCGAGUAUCGGAGAUUCUCAUCCACAGUCAAAGGAUUUGAAUGAUCUGAGUGAGAAGUUGUUGCUCCAGACUAUAUCUCCAAGUUUUCCAAUGUUUUCAUCAGCAGCAGAAUUUUCCUGCGGCAGGGCUCAGAACUAUUCCAGCUCCGGUGAUGGUUUACCUAGCAGAUCAGGGAGUUUCAGCCAGAUAUAUCCUAGCAUUAAUAUUUCUAAUUUGAGCCAAGUUCCAUCCUCCCCGUUCGAGAUCUCGAGUUCGCUCAUGAAUUCACCGGCCUUGAAUCUCUUAUCUUCUGCAAGAUUUAACAGCAGCUGCUUCACCCAACCUAAUUCUUUUGCUCUCCAUCACAUGCAUCAUCAACCUUCUCCCACAUCUAGUAGCAGCUCUAACAAAAUAUCAUCAUUCCCCGAUGAAAUAACAGACGCAAAGAGAUCGCCGAGCAGUUUACCAGAACCCAAUCCAACACAAGCGGCGGCUAAGAAAUCUCGUGUGGAACCACGCAAUUCCUGUCCACCGUUCAAGGUUAGAAAGGAGAAAUUAGGAGAUAGAAUUGCAGCACUUCAGCAGUUGGUUGCGCCAUAUGGAAAGACAGACACAGCAUCUGUACUAAUGGAGGCCAUUGGAUACAUCAAAUUCCUUCAAAAUCAGGUUGAGACACUUAGCGUGCCAUAUAUGAAGUCGACAUCUCGCAAUAAAACCUGCAGAUCCAAGCAAGGGGGCACAACAAUGGAGGAAGGAAGCGAGGAGGGGAGGCGAGAUCUCAGAAGCCGAGGUCUAUGUCUGGUGCCAUUAUCAUUCAUGUCUUAUGUAACAGGUGACGGCGGCGGAGGCAUUUGGCCACCACCUAACUUCGGAGGAGGAACUUGAUUACCAGCUGGCUAGGUUUUGAAAUCAAUAUAUAACAUCAUUACAACAAUCACUAAACAGUAAACAACAUUGAUUAAUUUCUCGCUUGAAUUCUAAUGGAGCAAAUUUGGUCAUCGAUAGCAUUCAAGCAGGAUGGACCAAAUUUGAUCCAUAUCACAAUUAAUGUACGGUGUAAUGGAGUACUUUUCAUAAAUUAUUCUUCCUCCGUGUUGUCUUUUCUUCCUGUAUAUCAAAAAAGUUAACUAUUUGGC